GAGCCGAGAAAGGGAAGGAUUAGUCCGUAACUAAGGAUUGAACGGAUUUGAUCCUUAGCGACGUGUCAUAACCUGAGUGGUCCGGUCGGUUUUCGUCUUUGCUCUAUCAAAAAAAAAAUUAAAACAUUUGCGACCGAAGCCGAGAAAAAAAAAUAGCUCUCGACGAAAGGCGAUUUUUGGCGAUUUCGAUCCGUCCCGAGACCAAGGUUUACGAAGAAUGGGACAAGAUUAUUCAUACAGCCAGUCUUCUUCAUCAGAUGAGUACGACAUAACCUCACUUAUUCAAGCUGAAGCUGAACUGUACGGGGAUGAAGCUGAGAGUAACUACCAUAUUGCUGAGCCGCUUCAAUACCAACCUCAACCCGAGUGUGAUGAAGGAAUCCCGAGGAUAUGCUACUGUGGUGGUGACCCUGUUGGUGCAAUAUCUUCCAUGGCUAAAGAUCCAGGGAGAAGGUACUUCACCUGCCCAAAUGUCGAUGAUGGGGACUGCCACAUUUGGAAAUGGUGGGACGUGGCUAUUACGGAGGAGAUGCGUGAGUUUCAGACACAACUUAGGCAGCUUAAGGAUCAAGGUUUUGAGUGUGAGCAGAAGCUGGUAAAGCUACAGAAGAUUGUCUGUGAGUUAUCUAAGAAAAAAUUGGGGCUUAAUACAAAUGCCUUUGCAAUGGAAGUUUGUCUAGUGGUCCCUGCAGUAGUUUUUUUAGGUUUGGCGGUCAUGUAUCUGUCUGGAAGAGCUUCAAAGAAGUAAAAGCGACAGGCCUACAAAUAUCGCUAAUAUGCUCGGCAUUCGGGAAGAUGUUCACGAUAAGCGUUAACAUCAACGAUUGAAAAAUGAUUUAAUUGAAAA